AUGUCUCGAUCCCGCCACGCCAAGCCUUCCAGAUUAGUCAGGAGGGAAGAUCUAAACAAAAAGAAAAACAGUCAACUGAAGAAGACCCUCAGGCCAGUCAACAGAAAUGUGGCAUCAGGCAAAACCAUGAGCCCCGGACAAUUAAAGCAAUUCAUUCAAGAAAGGGAGGUUAAGAAAAAAACGGAACCCAAACCACCACCCAUGCCAGUCAGAAGCCUGCUGACAAGAGCCAGCGCAGCACGAAUGAAGUUGGAGAGGACUGAGGCCCUUUUUCGGAACCCGGAGUCUUUAACCUGCAAUGGGUUUACAAUGACUCUCCGAAGAACCUCCCUUAGCAGGCGACUCUCCCAACCCCCACUGGUCAUAGCCAAACCCAAGAAAGUCUCACCUCCUAAGAAUUUAGAAAAGCAACAUAAGUGUGAUCAUAAGGUAACGCCCUCGGAGAAUGAUUCUGUACCAACACAAGACCCCCUAAUCCCUCCUGAUAUAGAGAAUCUAAUGGACAUACAAAAUGCGUCUUUAGUUACAGAUGAGAGCCAAGGGACAGCCCAGUCUUGGUGCCAAAGGGUGGAGGAUUCCCAAAUAAAUUUUCCCACUCACAGUGGCCCGGCAGCAGCCAUCCUUUCUGGGGCGCUGGAAGGGACACAUGGUGGUGAAGGACUGUUCUCUAAAGAGACAUUGGAUGACAUCAGUGAUUCCCCAAGAAUGUUUGCUCAGGACACUCUGUGUGCUCCUUUGCCCCUUCGAGCAGACCUUAACGUUACCUCGGAAGGAAACAGCAGCAUUCAGGUAGAAGAUUUGGGUUCACAAGUGGAAUCUCUUAAGCUAUCUGAUUCUUACCUGAAUCCCAUCCAAAGUGAACAUGAUUGCUGCCCCACCUCCAGCUUUAAUAAGGUUAUACCUGAAUUGGACCUUAGAAACUAUUUGUCAAUUGAUGGGUCAGUAUAUUCUACCUCAUUAUUAAAACUCUUCUUGGCGGGUUCAGAACAAGGAGCCCUUGGUGCUGAACCAGAUCCUCUGGAGGCCCUCAAGGCUACUCCAGAUCAGCGGGCGGUUCCUGAUAACACCCCUGUCUUAGGACAGGCCUUUAGUGCAGUCCCACAUCAAUGGGAAAUUCCUGGUGCUAAUCUGGUUCAUGGAGGGGCUCUGGGUGAGACCCCAGACCCACCAGAGAUCGCUGGUGCUAUUUCAGUCCAAGGAGAUGUCUUUGGUGCCAUCCUCAAUCAGGAAAUCCUGGGCCCAUACCAGAUGGGAGCGAGUACUGCCUCAGACCCAUCUGUCUUCCUUCCUGCUCCUCUAAACCCAGUUGCUACCUAUAACGCUCUCCCAGAAUGGCCUGAUCCCCAGAGCACGGUUUCAUACGGGCUCGAGGUCCAAGGUACUGUGCAGAUUUUACCUUUGGGCUCAGGUCACGGUCCUCAACCAUCCUCCAACUCAGAGGUAAAUUCCGAACCUGCGGUCAUGGCUAUACACCAUGUGGAAAAUGAGAAGCAAGUCCAUCUAAGCUUGCCACCAGCUGACACUCAGGGGUUUGCAUUAGCCCCUGAGGGAGGACUCCACCAUGCUUCACAGACCCUCGCCCUAGACACCCAGGCUGGUCCCAGCAAAUCGGAAGGAGGGAGCCCCCAGGUGGACACCACAGUGGUGUCUACGCCAGUGUCACUUGUCAGUACCUCCUCUUCUUCCCACACAACUGUGCUACCUACUUUGGAAAAGAAGAAACGGAAGCGAUGCGGGGUCUGUGAGCCCUGCCAGCAGAAGGCCAACUGUGGUGAAUGUACUUACUGCAAAAACAGAAAGAACAGCCACCAGAUCUGUAAGAAGAGGAAAUGUGAGGAACUGAAAAAAAAGCUGCCCGGCCUUGUGCCUAAGGUUAUAAAGGAAAACAAGAGGCCCAAGAGGGAAAAGAAGCCCAAAGUUUUAAAGGCAGAUUUUAAAAACAAAGCAGUAAAUGGCCCCAAGUCAGUAUCCAUGGACUACAGUGGAUGUGGUCAUGGGGAAGAAAAAAGAUUGGAACUGAACCCACAUCCCCCUGAAAAUGUAACUGAAAAUGAAGAAAGUAUGACAGGUAUUGAAGUGGAGAAGUGGACACAGAGCAAGAAAUCACAUUUAACAGAUCAAGUCAAAGGAGAGGUUAAGGCAAUCGUGACAGAAGGUGAAAAACUGGGAAGCUCUGAAGAUGACACGAAAAAAGUCCUACCUGACCCUCAAAAUUUGUUUGCACAAAUGGUAAAAAAUGGCAUUAAAAAUGUACACUACUUACCAACGGAAACAGAUGUGUCUUUUAAAAAAUUCAACAUUGAAGAAUUUGGCAAGGUGUCUGAAAACAAUUCCUGUAAACCCCUGAUAGACACUGCAAACCAGGACAAUGCCAUGAGCUCCAUUGCUGCUAAUGCAAGCAGCGAUCAUCUUACGGGGAGAAGCGAUGUUUUAGUCUUCCAGAAGCCGGGCUCUGAGUCGUUUCCUGAUCCUGCAGACUUCAGCUGCAUGAGUCCUACGAGUACACGUACUGAACGUGAUCAACCAAAAUCUCUAGAAAAUAUACCAACUUCAGAACCAAUACACGGAUCUCCAGUUCAACAAAAUCUUCUAUCCCUAGUGACAGAUAGGACAUUAACGCAGGAGCAAGUGGAUGUUAUAGAAGCUUUGGCUCAGCUUUCAAAACCCCCUGCAGAAAUUUCCUCACCAUCAACGUCUGAGAAGGAUGAAGAAAACGAGCAGAUGUCAGCUAGUUUGUUUAAUAACUGUAGAGCUUCCAUCUAUUCUGUAACAAAAGGCCUCAAAGAACCGUGUUUGCAGGGGGAGCCUCAAAGCCUUCACCAUUGCCCUUCUGUAGAAAAGCAAAGUUCAUGCCGCACGGUGGUGUUCAAUGGCCAGAGUCACAUUUCCAUGUCACCUAACAGUGCAGCUACUGACCAAGUAUCCCCGAAGCCACAGGAAUAUUCAAAAGCAAAAAAUUGCACAUCUCUUUUUACACCAAAUUCUAGUUCAUCUGAAAUUGACACCAAUAAAAAUGCUGUUCAUAAUAGCAGUAUUCUUGACAGUUGUUCAGAAAAUUUGCAUGCGUUGCCAUCAACAAGUGGUGAAUUGGGGUCCUGCAACCAGUUACUGGACAGCAGCAAAAAGUUAGACUCACAGGAUGAUCCAUCAUCAUGUCAAGAUACAGUUCAUACUCAAAUAGAGGAAGAUGUUGCUACCCAGUUAACACAACUUGCAUCAGUCAUUGAAUUCAGUUAUACAAAACCAGAGGAAACAAAUGUUGAAAGUACAUCAACAAACCUUGUGUAUAAUGUGCAAAAACACAGUCAGGAGAAGAACACAAUAAAACCGAAACCACGUUCCAGUUUAAAAAGUAACCAUGGCUCAUCAACAAAGCAAAAGAACAAAACCCGGAAAAAGACAAAAUCUGCUCCAUCCAGAGAACGGCGGAAAAAGAAGCCCGCAGUCACAAGUUGUCAAGAAAAUGAUCAGAAAAAGCAGGAAAAGCUGUCAUAUGAAUAUAAUAAGUUACAUGACAUUUGGAUAGCGUCUAAAUUUCAAAGAUUUGGUCAAAUUGGUCCACGUGAUUUUCCUAUUCGGUUGGGAAAAAUUCCUCCUGUAACCCACGUACGGACAACACUUACUCAAGCAAGUUUAGCAUUAAAACACAAGAAAUUAUUUCCUCCACUGGCUCAGAUAAAAUUUGAGCGAAAUUCUGGAUUAGCACAGGAAGAAAUGAUGAAUGUUGAUCCGCUGCAUUCUCACUCCAUAUUCCAUUUAAAAACAGAAUCCAAUGGGCAGGCGUUUACAGAAGAAGUUUCUAAUUCUCAGGUACAGCCGAUCGUGCAUGUCAGUCAGGAAGCUCAUCCUGCACUGCAGUCCUCCUCUCCCACCAAUCAGUGUGCUAAUGUGAUGGCUGACCAUGACCAAACACAGCUCCAGCAGGAUGUGGAAGACCAACUCAUGCAUCAGACGCUGCCAGCAUUACCUAGUGUCUCUCAUGAGACCCUUCCAUCGGACCCAGGACAAGGGCUCAGGAAUGUAAAUGUAGAACGUUCAGGUGGAAUCACAGUGGUUUCUACCACAAAUGAAGACGUGUUUUUAUCUAGUGUUGGAGCAUCCGAAGUUUCCCCAAUAGAAAACGCACAUAAUUUUCAUAAUUAUGCCAUGAACUUUUUAACGAAUUCUACAAGAAACCUGGUGUCCACAACGAAAGAUUCUGAAUUGCCAAGCUGCAACUGCCUUGAUCGAGUUAUACAAAAAGAAAAAGGCCCAUAUUAUACGCACCUUGGGGCAGGACCAAAUGUUGCCGCUGUCAGGGAAAUCAUGGAGACUAGGUAUGGGCAGAAAGGAAGUGCAGUAAGAAUAGAAAAAGUAAUAUAUACCGGAAAAGAAGCGAAAAGCUCUCACGGAUGUCCUGUCGCUAAGUGGCACUGCCCUACAGCAGUGACAGUGGUGCUGAUCCUGGUGUGGGAUGGCAUUCCCCUUCCCAUGGCAGACAGAUUGUAUACGGAGCUUACCCAAAACCUGCGGACGUACAAUGGGCAUCCCACAGACCGAAGAUGCACGCUCAAUGAAAAUCGUACCUGUACAUGUCAAGGAAUUGAUCCUGAGACUUGUGGAGCUUCAUUCUCUUUUGGCUGUUCGUGGAGUAUGUACUUUAAUGGCUGCAAAUUUGGUAGAAGCCCAAGCCCUAGAAGAUUUAGAAUUGAUCCAAGUUCUCCCUUACAUGAAAAAAACCUUGAAGAUAAUUUACAGAGUUUGGCCACACAAUUAGCUCCAAUUUAUAGACAGUAUGCUCCGGUUGCUUACCAGAACCAGAUACAAUUUGAACAUAUUGCCCGAGAAUGUCGGCUUGGCAACAAAGAAGGUCGUCCUUUCUCUGGGGUCACUGCUUGCGUAGACUUCUGUACCCAUGCCCACAGGGACAUUCACAACAUGAAUAAUGGGAGCACUGUGGUUUGUACCUUAACACGAGAAGAUAACCGCUCAUUUGGUAUCGUUCCUCAAGAUGAGCAGCUGCAUGUUCUACCGCUUUAUAAAUUAUCAGACACAGAUGAGUUUGGCUCAAGGGAAGGAAUGGAAGCUAAGAUCAGAUCUGGGGCCGUGGAUGUCCUCACACCGUGUCGCAAAAAAAGAACAUGUUUUACUCAGCCAAUUCCUCGUUGUGGGAAGAAAAGAGCAGCGAUGAUGACAGAAGUCUUCACGCGUAAGAUAAAGGCUGUGGAGAAGAAACUCAUUCCUCGAAUCAAGCGGAAGAAUAACUCGACAGUGCACGACAGUAAGGCUUCAUCCCUGUCGCAUUUAGGGAAUAAAACUGAGGCCUUGCAACCUGAAAUAAAAAGUGAAACUGAAACCAAUUUUAUCUUCAAAGGUUCGGACCACAUUCAAAUGUACUCACUGAUCCCAUCCAUUCCUCACCCAGUGAAAGAGGCACAUUUAUCCCGAGACUUCUCGGCCGCCAACACUGCUUCGACCUCAACAGCUUUUAAGGACGAUGCCUCGGUUUCGUGCGGGUUUCCAGAAAGAAGUAGCGAUCCCGACUGCACGAUGCCUUCUGGGAGACAGAGUGAUGCUCACGCUGCUGCUGGGGAAUGCGAUGGAAUCGCACAGCCUGGUGAAGUGAGUCCUCUUCCCACUUUGCCCACUCCCCUGUCCGAUUCCCUGGUUGGUUUUGAGCCUCCCGCGGGUCCACCUGAGCAGAUCCCUUCUAAUGAGCCAAACCAGCAGCCCCCACUCAUCACCUCUGCUCCUGAACUUGCUUCCUCUCUGAUGGAAGAUGAGCAGCAUUCGGAAGCAGAUGAGCCUCCAUCAGAUGACCCCCUGUCAGAUGACCCCCUGUCACCCACGGAGGCGAAAUUGCCCCACAUUGAAGAGUAUUGGUCAGAUAGUGAGCACAUCUUUUUGGAUGCCAGUGUUGGUGGGGUGGCCAUAGCACCUGCUCAUGGCUCUGUUUUAAUUGAGUGUGCCCGGCGGGAGCUUCAUGCUACCACUCCCGUCCAACACCCAAACAGGAAUCAUCCUACACGUCUCUCUCUUGUCUUCUACCAGCACAAAAACCUAAAUAGGCCCCACCACGGCUUUGAAAUAAACAAGAUUAAGUACGAGGCUAAAGAACCUAAGAAUAAGAAAAUUAAGGUCUCAGAGCAGAGCGAUCAGGCAGCUAAUGAGGGUCCUGAGCUGUGCCCUGAAGCGAAUGAAUUGAACCAAAUUCCUUCUCGCCAGGCAUUAACAUUAACCCAUGACAAUGUUGUCACCGUGGCCCCUUAUGCUCUCACACACGUUGCAGGGCCCUAUAACCAUUGGGUAUGAAGGCUGUUCUCCCCUUUUUAAUGCCUUUGCUAGUGCAGUGUAUUUUUCCAAGGUGCUGUUAAAGGAAAGUCAUAUUGUUGUUUACUAGAUAGAUCUUCAUCUCACCCAUUUGAAGGCUGAAGUAAAACAAGCAAAUGCAGUAGGGUGGGUAUUUCUUAACUGUGACUAUAUAUUUUGACAAUUGAUAGAAGGUGCACAUUUUAAGCAAAUAUAAAAAGUUUUAUAGUUUUAAAUACAUAAAGAAAUGUUUUGGUUAGGUGUUAACCUUGAGAGAAUCACUCAGUUUGGUGCUUUAAAUAAGUCUGUUUACUAUGAAACGAGUAAUUUUUAGAGGCUUUUAACUGAUAGUGUGCUAUGAUGUAAAAUCAAGAUACACAGUGUUAACUCUACACAGCUCCUGGUGCUUAACCACAUCGACACAGUUAACUAUAAGCUGAAUUAUUAUUUCAUGGUGCCAUUGUUUCAACAUCUUCCAAUCAUUGCUAGAAAAUAGGCAUAUUCCUUUGAAAUAAACCAAUGAAAAGUUUUCUCUCUUAAGGUGUCUCUCCUGUAUAAGAUAAUUCAUUAUUGUUAGUAAUGGUUGGACGCUGUUCAUAAAUUGUAAAUAUAUAUUUUAAAAGCACUUUCUAUUUUUAAAAUUAACUUGAAAUAGUAUAGUAUAAGAACCCAAUUGUCUAUUGUUUGUGCAUAUUUGCAUACAAGAGAAAUCAUUCUUGCUGUGUAGAGUUCCAUCUUAUUAACUGCAAUAUGUAUUCAUACAUGUGUAUGGUUUGUGUUUUUUAAUGUGUUCUUUCUCAUUCAAAUAUUAGCUACUUAUGUAAAAUCAAUCAUGCAAAAAUUGUUAAUGAUCUCAAAUUGGAAUUUGAAAGAUUAUCACCAACAUUGAUUAAUAUUUUCUUGGGAACUAAGUAAGUGUGAACGCUUAUUGAGCAGCACUGACCCCAAUUCACUUUCACUGUAACUUUCUCAAUAUAAUCCGUCAAAAGUGUUUCCGAAAGGAGAUUUGACAUGACAGGAUUCAGAAGAGUCAAAUGCUUCUAAAGUUUCAAGGUAAUAAAAUACAAAAAUUAAGUAGUGAGAACCCUAACCAUCCCAAAUUGCCUUAUUCUGAAAGUCAUUCCAGUAGAGACUAAAAUUUAGUAGAAAUAUUUUGAAAACAAAUUCCUUAUCAUUGCACAUGCAAAACAAAUAGUAGGAAUGAUAUAAAUAAGUUAGUCCAAAGUAGUUUAAACAUAUUAGUUUUGGGGAAAAUGAUAACUCUUCUGAGGUAAUUGCCUAUGACCUAGGUAACAGGAAAAUAGGCAUUCUGUUUAGUUUUUAGUCCUCCUACUAUUUCUUCUAUUACGUUUUCUGGUUCAUAGCAAAACAAAAGAGAUUGCCCAAACCAAAUUUUAGAUCAAGAAGAAAUUUCAAUGAAAUACUUGAUUCUGUUAAAAUGCAGAGGUGCUAUAACAUUCAAAGUCUCAGAUUCCUCGGGAGUAUGGAAAACCUAACGGUGCUUCUCCCCUGGAAAUGCCACAGGAAGCCCAUAACCGCUAACACUCACAAUUCUGGUGCAAAAGCAAACAAUUCCAGUAAGCUCUCUAAAUAAAAUUAAUCGUAAAUUAUUAAAAUAAUAUAUGGUGCAAAGUAUCCGUUUCAAGCUUUUGACUAAUCAAAGUAAAGGAACAUGAAGGGAUUGUAAAUAGCAAAAUGUCAUUGAUAGACUGUCUUGUACAAGUAGAUUUCUGCUUUUGAAUAGGUAAUAUAGGGUAAUUCAUUAACUUGUUUUAGUAUUUUGUGUGCCUUAGAUUUCUGUUGUAAAACAUGUAUAUUUUUGUGAGCCUCUGGUUUCUUAUACAUUUAAGUAUAUAAAUAAGUGAUUGUUUAUUGUUUCAGCUGCUUAAAUAAGAUAUUUACUAGUAGUAGACCAUCAGGAAUAUACCCUUGUAAUAUUUUAUUUUAGGCCUUAGCUCUCACUACAAGUUAUUUUCUCACCAGAUUUAAUGGAUAAAACUUAAAGAUCCUUUAUCCAUCCACCCAUCUAUCCAUUCAACACUUAUUGAAUGUCUGCAAAAUUUAAGUAAUAGCUUUUGUUUUCUUUGAGUCACCACCCAUGACAGUAAACUUGAAGAAUUAAAUCCCCUAGAAGAUACUCUAACACACAUUUUUC